AUGGCUAUUUCAAAUGUGGGAGUUAUGGAAAGUGAUGACUCAAGCCAGGGCGACUACUCGUGUAACUCCGAGACAACGGCAGGUACUGAGAAUAGCGAGAGCGAAGAUGAUGGGAAGGGGAUUCAAAUUAAGAUCAAGAGAGCGAUCGAAAAUGGUAUACUGGAUGAUGAGAAAAAAAAAAGAAAAAGGAAAAUCCUCAAUUUUGAUAGAAGCUUGAAAAAAAGGAAAAAUUUGAAAAUCGAACAAGAGGGAUUUAAAAUUAACAUUCGGAAGUUUAGAUUGUUUAAAAUUGACCACAUGAAAAAAAAAGGAGAAGAAAUGCUUCCCCCAGCGAGGAAUGACCGGGACGGACCCACCGGGGCUGACGCGGACAAAGCGGAUGCUGCGAAGUGA